UGCUUGUUCUUUUACAUCACACUUGUCCAAACCAACACUCCUCUCACGCUCACCACCUAGGCCUUCCCACGCGCCACCUCUCCACUCCCCACUCCACUCUACUCCACUAGAUCUCUUCUCAUCUUGUUCUAGAUCUCUCUUUCUCACUCUGUCUCUCCACUCUUCUUCUUCCCACCCACACCAUCGCUUGCUUUGCCCAUCACCCACCAUCUCAUCUCCCAUCACACUCAUCAUCCAUCUUGCGCUUGCUUCCACCUCCCCCUCCUCCUUAUCACCCCACCUUAUCGCACCAUCGCCCAUCAACUCUCUUCUUGACACUCGCACAUCCUCGUCACCAUGUCCCGCCCCGUCAUGCCCAUCAAUACCCAGUCCCCCUCCUCCUCCUCCUCGCGCAGCGCCUCCGGGCGCCCUCGCAUCAACGCCCUCUCCCCCCUCCAAACAUUCUCCCCUCUUAUGGCAGAGGCUGACCUCCCAAAAGUCAAAUCUCCCACCUUCUCAACCUCCUCCCCUCACAGCAUGACCCCCGCAAGCAUGACCCCACGCACCCCACGCAGCCUCAGCCGCUCAGGCAGCUUUACAAGCCUCUCUAGAUCACUCAGCAAGCGCGACUUGGCAUUCACAAGCCGUCGCGCCGAUCCUGACACGAACGACAGCGCCGGCAUCACUACCCGUCUCCUCCUCGUCAAGGCGCCACCCUCUGCCCCAGACCGCACCUUGCGCAAGCGAUCCCAGUCGUCGUCAUCCCUCGCGGCUGUCUCCUCCUCAUCUUCUCCCCCGCGCAACACGCAGCCCCAGCAGACCGCCCGCAAACGCUCCUUUGCCGGCGCAUCGUUUGGCGGCUUCGGCCCAAUGACCCAGCUCAAGCGCGAUGCCUCAAAUCCCGACCUCUCCGCCGCCGCCGCCGCUGCCACUGCCACCGCCAUAGACAGCUCUCCCACCGGCGGGCACGGUGGUGGCGGCCUGACUCAGCUCCAGCGCGCACCUUCCCUCUCUCCUGAAGAAGUCAUGGACCUCGCGCGCGGCAUCAUGUCCCCAGUAGCAGCAUCUGACUCGGGCCCUGCCACCCCCGGUCGCCACCGUAGACGCAAGUCGACCGGCACGUUCAAGAACGCCGUCGGCGGAGGCGUGGUGCACGCCGAGCCCGAGCCCAUCGCACUCGAACCCGUCGAGUACGUCGAGAUGGACGCCGGUGUGCUCCUUCCCUUCCAGAACCGACCCGAGGAAGUCAAGGAACUGCUUGACCACCCCAACAACGCGCACCUCUUUACCCUCCUCCACCAGACUUUCCCACAGGAGCCGAUGCGCCCGAACUGGAAGGACAUUGACGUUCACGAGUGGAACUGGGACGAGUUCUACGCCCACCUCACCACCGUUGACCGCGCCGAGUGCCCCGACUACCCAUGGGUCGAGCUUGCGCGCGACGCCGUGCGUCAUCACAGCGUGUCGCUGUGGGAAAAGCUUGGCACUUGCCUCGGCUGCGAUACCGAACUCAUGAUGGCAGGCGAGGAGGACGAGACGCCCGCGUCCUGGGGCGGCCUUGGUCUAGGCGAUGAGGGAGACUUUGACCCCGACCAGGCGCGCGUGUGGAUCGAGGGGCUCGAGCCAGUGGACGCUGAAGCCGAGGAGCGCAAGCUCACCGCCGCGUUUGACGACGACGGCGAGUUUGGCGCCGCUGGAGGCUUCUCCUCCUCCAUGGCGACGAUCGGGGAGGAGAGACACACUCCCUCGGGCCCGACGCCGGCGCAGCGCGCCGGGCGGGGUGAGAUCCCCGACUCCUUCCCCUCUCCAGAGGGGCGCAACCAGCCUCUAGUACAGGACUUUGCCCUCGCGUCCUCUGCGUCGUCCGCGUCGUCCUUCAACUCGAACUCACCCCUGCGCAAGCGCGGCCGCAGCUUCGUCGGGCUGUCAAUCACGACAUCCGCGCCGUCGUUUGCGCCGCGCACGCCGGGAUCGUACGACGAGCGCGAAGACUACGUGCAGCAGCGCACGGCUGGUAACCCCCUCUUCGUGAGCAGCUUCAACACGCUGUCGCUCGAGCCGACGCUGGGCCGCAAGCAGAGCACGACGACAUAUGGCGUACCUGCGGCGCACGCGGACUCGUUCAGAGGCUUCCAGAAGCCGGGGGACCGCAUGCUGCGCCGCUCGAGCGGCACGGGGCUGAGCGAGAGCGCGAUCACGUUCGUGAGCGACUCGAGCGUCGACGGGCCGUUCAGGUAGAGUGUAGUAGACCGUUGUAUGAAUGUUAGUAUGAGUGUAG